AUGUCUGAACUCACUCGUACUCUGCCUGCAUCCUGGUAUUGCAAUGAAUCACUUUAUCAAAUGGAGAGAAGAGCGGUCUUCAACAAAUCUUGGUACCUCCUUGGUCCAGUCACCAGGUUCCAGAAUGUGGGUGAGCAUCAUGAUUAUGAGUUUGCGCAGCAACCCAUCUAUGCCGUCCGGACUUCUGGAGAUGCUUUAAACCCAACAGCCGAAGAGCUGAAAGUGUUUCAUGCAAAGACGGGCAAGGAAGUACGCAGCCAUCUCACCCCAACCGGUGUGCUCUUCUCUACCAUUAGCGAUGAUGCUCCUAGCUUCCACGAGUUCUUCCCUGAGAUCGAGGAGCUGCUAGCAAAGGUGGACUUUACCAGACUGCCUUAUAAACGCAGCAUCAAAUACGAAGGCCGCUUCAACUGGAAGACAAUGGUCGACGGGUAUCAAGAAUGUCUUCACUGCCAGUACACUCAUCCUUCAUUCUCCAUCUACUACCCGCCCACUUUCUACACUGUGAAGAAUAGGCACAACUUCUCACAGCAUAUUGCCGACCCGAAAAAACCCGACGAUGGUCUAUUCCUUUAUACCUUCCCCAACUGUACACUUAAUGUAUACGGCAAGUGCUAUCGGCGUGGAGGAACGUCCUCCUUCCGGGUCUGUCCAACUUCCAAUCCUCACGUCACUCGCAUGGAGUUUGACUAUUACCAUCUUGAAUCCGGAGAAAAGUUCGAAGAGUACUUCAAAUUUGUUCGCCAGGUCGCCAUGGAGGAUUUUGAGUUAUGCGAGAAAGCUCAAGAUAAUUUGGCCAAGGGAGUCUAUCACGAGGGAAUCCUUAACCCGGAGAAGGAGAACGGCGUUUCUUACUACCAGCAACGAGUAUUCCAAAUGGUCUGUGAACAACACGAGACAGAUCGUAUGGCCAAAAGGGAUGAGGACACUGGACUGGAAGAGCGAGCUGCGCCAUCCAUGGUGCAAAUGGAAGCGUAA